AUGAAAAACCUGAGGCGAAUAACAUGGCACACAGGUAAAGAUAAACACUCAUUCGGUGAAUACACAUGUUUACUUACCACUGGAAAUGCAAACUUCCUCCUUAUACAAUCACCACCAAAUAUGAGGACCUUAAAAAGGGCCUUUGUAAAUUGUAAUAGAGAGAGACAGGAUGUUUAGUUUUUCUCCGCGGAAGCUGAGUUAAAGUAAAUGAAAUAUGUGUAUACAUGUAUCUAUCUGAUUCAAUGGUUUCGAGUUAAUAUCACUGUUGUACAUUUUCUUAAUAUCAAUUGGGAAAAGGAAACCUAGAUACUAACCUUCGAAAAAUAAAUCUAACCUAGGUUAGUAGAAAGAAAUCAAAAAACGUGGCAAGCAAUCAUUCCCAUCUAUUUUUUAAUAAAUUCCUUCGGUUGCAGUCACGCAAAUCGUUGGGAAAUUUAUUUCCAAAAAUGCACUCUUAUAGCCAAGACAGUAUUUUCGUUUGUUGUUACAUUCGUCUCAUUUCUUUUUACAAAUUGAUUUUCAAACGCUGUUUCUCUUUCUGCAUAGUCGAGUAUUCACAUACUCCCCCCCUUGAAGAUGGAAGCCCAUAUUGCCCUGUUGCCUUGGGCUUUCUCCAUCUAGCCAGGCGCGGGGCAUUCCUCAAGGACCCAAUUGAGGCCUGGGAGAGCCAGGAUUUCUCAAUGAGGGAGAGGGUAGGAGAUUGGCGGCUCUUCUGCCAGACGGAUACGUGGACGCAGACACUUAAGGUGAGAUCAAAUCUUCCAGUACAUUUGGUUGGCAGAAAACAAUGUGAUAGUAAUCUCUCCUACGUUACAACAUUAACAUUUAUUUUUAAACACUGUUUAUAAAAUAAAUUGACUGAGAUCACAUCUUCCUGAUAGAGUUGGCUGGGGCAAAGGUGUCUCUUUUGUUGUGGGGGGAGGGGAAGGGGAAGAUAUGGUACCUUCCUUCAUAAUAUCUCCUUGAUUUUGCGCAUAAUGAUGUGUUCUUUUUCAAACAUUCUUGUAUUCAGUCACCACAGCUAAAUGGCCUGCAGAUGGGCAUAAUGGUCCACAACAGUGUCCAGGACGCAGGAUUUGAUGCGAGGGAGCUCUCGCACAGUUCAUAUAGAUCUGUAAGUAUGCCUGCAUUGUUUAUCAAAUUUAAUGCCCCUAGCAAUUUGUGGACUUGUGCAGUUAUGUGAAACAUGUUCAUUUGGCAACAGUGAUCAUUCAAACGUUAAUGCCACAACCAAAAGCAAAUGACCGAUAACUGAUGCCACUUGAUAAUUGUUUGUCUUUAACAAUUCCAUGCAAUGCACUUUGCAGACACUGCAUGAGCGGCAAAAGACAAGUAAAUCAUACCGAUUAUUAACAAGUAUUUAAAUAUUCAUUUUAUACCAUGUAAUGCAGACUUUACUCACAUACCUUAUUGGCGCCAAUGGAGUUUCAUAGAUGGACUGAACAAUCAGACUCCUGUUCUCCUCUUUAGGGCUUUGCAACAAGAUUUGUAUUAACAGCGGCUAUGGAGAAUGGCGGCCACUUUAUCGAUGGUCAAGUGGACCAGCUACGCCGCUUGGGGGGCUGGUCAGUCGCUUCAGGGGUGGUCCACUUGUACGUAAAAAAAAUAAUAGAGCAGUAUUCCGACAGUGCUGGCUUGAUAACUCCUGGUUAAAUUAAGGUAUGUGAGUAAUGUCUGCAUUACAUUGUAUGAAAUGAAUAAUACUUUUUUUUGAUUGUUAUAAAAAUUUACCGACGGGCACCCUCUCUUCAAAUGAAAAUGGCGGGAAGUAAUAAUGCGCGGCGUCCGCCAAGCAGAAAAGGUGGGAAAAUCUUUGUGGCGUGAUAUAAAUUUGGAGGCAAGGGAAAAAAUUUUCACUUGCCCCAAGUGAAAUGGCCAGUGAACACUCAGUUAUGGCUUCAUUUCUUAUACUUUUAUUACAGGCUAAACAACAACUAACGUUGUGGACCACAUUGAUUGAAGCGAUGUGUUUACAUUUUUUUAAAGUCUGAGUCAAUGAAAUGUGCAAUUUUAAAAUAUGGUUUUCACUCCACAGGGCUCACCUCGGAAGGGGACGUUUUCCUCAAUAUCACAUUCCCAGAGAACUCUUCCUUAAUCCAAAACUUCACCGCCACGUUGAGUGAUGUGGCAGGGGACGAGGAACGGACUAAAAAAAUGUACCUGGACACAUUAGCUCCAGGAACGGUAAGCCCUCUUGUUUUGUUAUGCCAACACAAGGACUACGCUUAAGUUAACACUUACAUACUUGGAUUAAGAAAAGACAUGUUCCUGGUUUUGUUACUGUUUUUCUUUAUGCUCUUACUAUGCUCAUUUUCCGGAUUACAAGAAUUAUUUCAUGGGGGAAAUGGUUCAACCAUGACAGUCUUUCUUGUUUGGAAAAAUUAAUGUCCAAAAUUUGGGUCGGUCAGACGACGGCAAACAGAGAAAAAAAAAAAGGCCUAACGCUAUACGUAAACAAUACAAGUGUCUGUAUGUGGACAACACCACCUUUAGCAGUCUCUCACCAGACAUUUCUUUUUAUUUAGAUAAAAUCCAUCGUUGAUGCCCAGGCAACUCUAUCUAGCCUGGCAUAAAGAAGCAAAGGCGGGGGUAGCUGUAAGCUUCCCCUUAGCCGAACUUGCAAUAAAAACAUUCUGCGUGGCCUGUGCAAAGGCAGGAUUUUCUUCCAAGAGAAUCCUCAACAACAUUUUCCGUGGUCACAUUAUUUGGUCAUCUCAACUGCUUACAUGUGUAUCAGGUCACAAUCUCUUGCAUAACAUUGAGAGUUUUUUUUUCAGAAGCACUUCAUCCGCCUUUUUGGUGGUGCGAUUACAUUAGUUGUAUUUCCUAUUUAAUAUGUUAUAUUUAUUGCAAAAUUACAUAGCUCGGGUACAACGGUUCCAUUGUGCUUGAACUAAUCAGUCCAUCCAUCUGUGAAUAAUUUCAGCAUGGCAAGCAGCCUGUAUCGACUGCAUGCAUAUAACCGUAACAGCCAAUGUUUUGGGAGAACGUAAUUCCACUUUUGAGUCUCAUCCAACUUCAACUAAUAGGCACGUCUCCUUUAUUUUCAGCAAGUUCCCAAUGGACACAUGAGUCCAGCAAAGCAGUUCCCUGAAUUAGGUUAAACUUUGAGCCGGGUUUUGCGCAAAGAAUUAAGUGAAAAAGAUCUGCACCCCAAGAAGCCAAUGUUUGCCCAGGAUUUUGAACAUAUCCUAGACACUAUUGGCGUGGAGACUGCAGCCGCAUUGCAACGUAAGUGUGUCACAUUGUAUGCCACUGAUUUAUAAAAAAUGAACUUGGUAAUCUCCAGUUUUCUGCCUAUGCAUAUUUUUUCUAUAGGCGAGUUCAGGACAGAGAGCUUGUAUAAACAAGUAGCAUAAAAUGUAUUGUGAAAAUUAAAUAAUGUAUACUCACCUGUGACGAUUGUAAAGUGAUAGUUGGAUGUCCUUGUUAAAAUACACUAUAAUUAUGACCUACAGAGAAAGGAAAGAAAACUCAGAACUGAGGUUUGAAAUGGCACGCAAGGCACGUCCGUUAUAGGCAAAUGCUGAGGUUAACAUAAAAAACAAGGGUUACCAUCACACAGAAUUAAGAAUGUGCAUUGGAAGUUUCGGUCAGAUAUGUAACUUCCAGAAUUCUGGUAAUGACUAAGGAAGACCAUGAAUAGAGGAUGUAGACAUGUAAUAAGUAUUACAUAACUUAUGAUCUCCUUUCUUUUCCAGUAUCCUUCCUCCACAGUUUGUCAGCUCACUGUGGUGCCAGAGGAGGAACAAUUGUACAAAUGUCUGGUACCCCGGCCUAUACACAGCUCAGAGAAGAGCUGGGAUUAGGGGAGUUUCCCCUUUCUUAGGGAAUCAAAGUAGGGGAUGUCACGUUCAGGUAUCCUUGUUAAAUUGUUACUAACCCGGACAUAAACGACCAUAAUUAGUUACUUUUUGUACGUAUCGCAUUUUUUGAGCCUUGAGACUCAUCACUCAUAUUAGGCACUUACUUGAGACAAUGAUGCGCAUAUCAAUUUCUGCCUUUGUUGGGGAUUAAUAGGUUUCCUUUGAAAUGAACCAACAAAUGGGAAUAUAGUGCACAGACGUAAGAAUUCCAACAUUUUGUCCGUUCAUCCCAGGAGACCUAGGGGAAGUCUCUAAGUAGUACUUAGUAGAGUUUUGAACGCAUAGUCAUAAACGUCCUUUCCAUUUUUAGGGGUAGAAGCACAUCCACCUCACAACAGGAUGUUGUCACGGAGGUUGUUUUCGUGCACGAGAAGCCGGAGGCAGACAAUCUCACACACAGGUAAAGAUAACUAGUCCUUCGGACAAUAACAAGAUUUACUUACAUUUGUUAAUGCAAACUGCCUCCAGAAUAUAAGCAUCUUGAGAAAUGAGUCCAUCAAAGAAGGCCUUUGGAAAAUAGACGAGAGAGAGAGAAAUCUCAUUUACACUCAAGUUCUCACACCUAAAGCUGAGUUAAAUUACGUAAAAUAUGUGUAUGUUUUUUAGCAGGUUCGAGUUCAUAUUAAUUAGUUGUGUAAAAAGAAAAAAAUAUUUGUAAAAGUAGGUAUUAACCGGCUUACUGUAGUUUGCGAAACGAAAUGGAGCGAAACAAAAUGAAACGAAACGAAAUGGAACGAAACGAAAUGAAAAUCUGUAGUUUGCAAAAUGAAAAUCUGUCGUUUGCGAAAUGAGAGUCUGUAGUUUGCGAGAUGAAAAUCUGUAGUUUGCGAAAUGAAAAUCCUCUGGAGAAUGCCGACUUCAAAUUCAGCGUGAACAACGAAGGAGAAGACAGAAGGAACAUCGCUUAGCACAGCGAAGGCAACGCCGACAACAAGAGACAGAGGAAUAGGAGAUUGGAAUCAGAGGCAUUAUGAUCGUUUUACACUGUCGAAAACCCAGAUUUCUUAGUUUGCCGGUUUCCCCGCCGAUAUAUAGAUCAAAGUCUGCAAAGUUCCAGCUCUGUAUUACGGCCCGAAGAAUAGUAAUUUUCGGGCGAACUGCACCCGGCCGUAUUUGUUCUUCGUUUUUUUCCUUUUCUAAAUCCGGACGCAGAAAUAAUGCUAAAUCUGCUUUUCAAUACACUGUUAACAAUAAUACCACAUAAUACGCAAAAAAGAAGAAGAUGAAAGAAAGAACAACGGAUGGACCUUUAAGACGAUAUUCGCGGUGGGUCACCCAUCCAGUUCGUAAGGAUGUUACUAAAACGGGGAGCGGGGAGCGGGGAACGGGGAACGGAAGUCUGGGAACGAGUUGUCAGCGGAAACCUCCAUAAAAAUCCAAAAUGGCCGGUAAGGAUCAAGAACCCGGUAAGAUCGAUGAUAGAGAAGCGUCGAAACAACACUUAAGGUCGCUAUUUUACUAAUGAACUAUAUGCUCAUGAGGUGCUUGAAAUAAUACGGAGGUAAUAAUGUCAUGACAUUUUGCACCUUUCUGCGUUUUACUAAACAACAAAAUAUGCUUCAACAGCAGUUGAAAGGAGCUACAGUCGGGACAAAAACUCUCAAAGCACAGCCAUAUUUGGAACUCAAGCGAAUCUAUACUGGGUCUAACUCACAAAGCUAUGAAAUACUUUUGCUUGACGCUUUUAGUACGGUUUUGGCUUAAAUACAUGCUGAAAGAUAACUUAGAUCGAAGCAGCCAGGUGUAUUUCCUCGACAGUAAUAGUGUAGCAGCGGAGCUCCUUCCUAGCUGUAGCGUUUUUUCAAGCCCAAAUUAAAACAUGUUGGCGAUGAGAUAAAACUGUAAGUCUAAUAAUAUUAUAUUUACAAACCUAUGAUGAGAGGUAAGUGCAAUUGUAUUAUUUGAAAAGAUAAGAUGGAUCAGGUUAUUUAAUACAUCAAUAAAAGGCAACUUUAAACAUAUUAACGGGCAAUGUGCCAGGAACAUCAAUCAUACCUUGGUCUUAAAGAUGCCAGUUGUUUCAAAGCAAAUGGCUAUGCUGUGGUUUUAUUUUAUUAUAACCUAGGUGUAAAUUUUGCUUCCCUUUGUUUGGGGGUAGGGUAAUAUGAAUUUUAUGAUUAUGAGUUCAAAACAAAGAGGCUCUGCCCCAGGGACCAACCCUUUACCCUUUGUAUGUACCAUUUUAGACAGAAAAGGUACCCCUUUUGUAUACCCUCUAGUGACAAAUGGUACCCCUUUCACAUACCUAAUUUAGAAUGCUGCAUCCCUUUUUAACUGCUGUAAAUACAUCAUCUUUACAAUAUGAAUAAAUAGCUAAAAUAGGUUUUCUUGUCUCUCACAUCCAUAAAAUUCAUCUGUGACUGAUCUCAUUUUGGUCCCUUUCAUAUACUUCAACUGUAAAAACCCCUUCCCUUUCAUGUACCUGAAGCCUGAAUAAGGCUUCAGGCUCUGUUUAGGCCAUUAUAGUACCCCCUCCUCCUGCACCGAGAACAGUACUUGAUACAGCGAUAUUGUAUGGUAUGAAUUGCACCAAACGUUUCGUGCCCAUGAAGAGGUACUUUGAUUAUUUUACAACAUUUUUCUUCAAAAUGGAGAGGUUUGGGAUCUCAUUCUUAGGGGGGCGGGGGGUUAAUUGAGGAUCUGCAGUGAGUGAGAAUGUUGCAUUCAAUGCAAUCCAAUGGUUUUGAUUCAGGAAAGGGUCGUGAGGGGUAUUUCGCAGAAAGACAAAUGGCCACUGUACGACUUUGAAGCAGUUACUGAUUAGGGUGAGGAAAAUGAGUGAAUUAGGUUUCAUUAGGGUCAUUAUACAGGUCUAUACUGGGCAAACUGACCUGAAACAAAUUGUUUCACAAAAUAAUAAACUGAUAUUAUUUUAUUUUCAUGGAUCAGUGAAACACUCCAAUAUCGUGAAUGCUUGCAGUGUAGUAGAUCUAAUAAUAUUAAAAGCAGAACCAGAUUGUUAAAGUAGUCUCACUAAUUAUGUGAUGACCUGGUCAAUAACAUUUUUCAAAGCAGUCAUCUCUAUCAAAGGAAAUACAAGAAAACUGCACACAAGCUACUUGACUACUUCGAUGUAUGUUAUCUAUCAUGGAAAAGUAGUUCAUUGCUUUGUGGGCUAGACUCAGUAUGGAUUCGCUUGAGUUCCAAAUAUGGCUGUACAUGUGCUUUGAGACUUUUUGUCCCGAUUGGCUUCUUUCAACUGCUGUUGGAGCAUAUUUUGUUUCCUACGGAUAAUUGUUUAGUAAAACGCAAAGAGGUGAAAAACGUCAUGAAGUUAUUACCUCCGUAAUUAUUUCAAGCACCUCAUGAGCAUAUAGUUCAAGUAAAAUAACGCCGUUAUCGGUUAAGUUUGUUUCGACGGUUCUCUAUCAUCGAUCAUCGGCCAUAUUGGAUUUUUAUGGAGGUUUCCGCUGACAACUCGUUCCCAGACUUCUGUUCCCCGUUCCCCGCUCCCCGCUCCCCGUUCCCCGUUUUAGUAACAUCCAGUUCGUAACCCCGACCGACAGGGCUUAACUUGAGCGCCUGAGCUUAAGUUAAAUUUUUCUGGGCGAAAUAGCUCUUAUGGGGGAAUUUUCUGUUUAGAAUAUCCGAGUAGACGCAACGAGAAUAGACUACGAGUAGUCCCCUAUUUUUCCUACAUCUACAGAUUUUCAUUUCGGAAACUACAGAUUCUCAUUUGGCAAACUAUAGAUUCUGUAGUUUGCGAAAUGACAGUCUGUAGUUUACGAAAUGACAAUUAACUUUCUCGUUGCAUCUACUCCAUUCCUUCAGGAGCAUUGAUGCAAAUCCUCAUGUAAUUUAUUCCCAAAAAUGCACCCUUAUAGCCAAGACGUCUUUGGUCAUAAUAAAGAGGUGUCCUCAGUAUCAUAGGUGGUCCUAACUUUCAACAAGACGCUACGGAGCUAGCGUACACUUCGGCGUCGUGGUUGUGGAACUAAUUAAUUGUAAAUGCGGAGGAAUAGUAGGAAAUCAAAUAUGGUAACUCGGUAAGACUAAGGUGUGAAAUUAUGGGAUUUGUCAGGAUACUCUGAAAAGAGCAACUUCCAAGAGGCGUACUUGCCAAAAACUAGCAUUUCAGGACAAAUUGUCUCCGCGAUAUUAGCCCAGUUAUGCUCUGAUGACUCCACACAAAUCCUUCUAAAAAACAAUUCUCUAUUUUUCUUAGUCACAUCAGGCUUCAAAAACAGCAUAGCAGUCUCAUGUACUGAUUAAAGAUAUGUAAGGCAUGGGUAAGGAGUCAAUUACGUUGAGCUUGGAAUUGGCUAAAACUCAAAGUCACGAGCUCAAAACUUUUGAGGAUAAUUAUUCACUGACUAUCAGCACGCAGGGAUGUCGGAUAACACAAGGAAGUUUAACACCAAAGAAACAUAGCCUUUACAGAGCUUUAAAACACAGCAUCCGCCAACACAAACUUGACUUGAAGUUUGAGUAAAACUAAACAGCCUCUACCAAUAAUAACAAACUCUCACUUGAACUUCAGAUAUCUUACGGCUUCCGCGAACUUGUAAACACAGAACCUGAAAAUCGACCUUCGUCACACUUGACUAAACACAGCAGUCCAGCUCGUGGGAAAAUACUUAGUUCUUCAAAAGAACUCGCUUGGAACUUGUAUACCGUUUGACACAAGGUUCUAGAAAAUACUAAACAGGCGAAUAGUAGUAGCUUUUCGACAUAUUUUAUGAUUUCAGUAACUGAUGCAAAUCUGCUGACUCAUGCUGAAAUGCAAACAUGCCCUAAUUAAUUAUUCAUGGAAUCCAAAAACGUAGAGAACGUUCGAGAAAGUCACGCAACGCAUGAAAGCAAUUUUACUACGUAACACUCAGCAAAGACAAAAUGUCUUUGUACAGCAUUUUGUAACUUUAAAUUCAUCAUGAAACAGUUCGAAAGGCGGGCUCACUCGUGAAAUGUUUUUCAACACUCGAAGAGAAAUUUCGUGUCUCUGCGCGGCCACAAAAUAUCCUCUAUUUAUUCCUCAAGUAAUUAAAGACUAAACUCGAAGUGAUCUCAAGAUAUCACGAAGUAGUCCGAUCUCAUUUCGUGAAAUAGUUGAAACAAGCUGAAAAGUCACGAACUUGCACGCCCAAUCUUGUCCCGAAACUAGUGCAUCAUUUCGUAACUAUUUUUCAUAUCCCAAACUACCUUGGGUCGCAGUAGCGCAAUUGGCUAAUCCCUCAACUUAGAGUCUCCUCUGAUCUGACGGGUCACACAGGGAAGGCCAAAAUAGUAAUUCUUUCUUCCUCGAAAAAGUUAAAGCUUAAAUCAAAGAAAUCGAAGUGAUCUCGAGAUAUCUCGAACUAAUUCGGGUCUCUCUUCGUCAAAUAGCCGAAUAGAGCUGAAAACCUACAGACUUUGCUUGCCCAAUCUUGUCAAAAAAUUGCAACUUUGAUACAUUCCUGAGCGUCGCGAAUCCUUUACUUCGCACUCCGCCGAAGUAAAAACUUUUUGGGGAUGGCGAUUCAGGCGCCAUAUUGUCUUACACAUUGAACAUUUCUAUAGCAAGGACCUUUCUUCUGUAAAUGGAAAGGUUGUCCCAUCCUUCCUCCUCUAGCAGGGGCCCAGUGCUAGGAUCAUAAAUGGAAAAGGUUAUGAUCAUAGCCGUGCGAUGUUGUAUGGUUUUGAAGCUUUGGAGCUAGAUCUGAACCAAGAUGCCACCCAGAUAACACUGCAAUAGUCAAAGAAUGGUUAGAUAAAAGAGUUGUACAUUGUUUGCCGGGAUCAAUGGAGGAACAAAUUGUCUCACACGCUUAAGCGCUCCUAGAUCCUACAAACAAUUCUUCUGCUUUUGUGCUGUUAGUAGCCGCUGGGCAUAUUUUCGGUAUUGUCGUUUGCUUUUACAUUCUUCUGAUUUUUCAUGCAAAUGGAUUUUCAAACCUUAUUUCUCUUUAUGCAUAGUCGAGUCUUCACAUACACGCCACUAGAACCUGGCAGCCCCUACUGCCCCGUUGCCUUGGGCUUCCUCCACCUUGCAAGGCGCGGGGCAUUUCGCAAGAGCCCCAUAGAGGCAUGGACUUCAAAAAACUUUCAAAAACGAGAAGGUGUGGCAGAGUGGCCGCUAUUUUGUCAAGUGGAUACAUCCACCCAAACUCCAAAGGUGAGAUCAUAAAUGUACAUCUCAGUGCAGUUGUUUGGGAGAAAAGAACAUGAUAUCAAUCCCUCCUCCGUUAUGAAACUAAUAUCAUUUUUUAAACGGUGUGUAUAAAAUUAAGUGAUUGGAUCAAAUCUUCCUCAUAGGCCUGUAGGGUCGUAGGGAAGCAGGUAGGGGUGUUGAUAAUAUCUUUCUGUUCUUGUGUGUAAUGAUGUGUCUUUUUCAACAUUUUCAUAUUCAGCAAGGACAACUCAAUCAAAACCAGCUGGGCAGACUUUUCUUAUAGAUCCGUAAUUAUAGCGGCAUCUUUCAUCGAAUUUAAUGGCCCUAGCGAUUUCUGGACUUGCGCAGUUGUGAAACAGUUACAUUUGGCAGCUGUAAUCAUUUCAAUCCUAAAGGCACAAUGUUACUCAGCUGAUUACAAUUAACGAUGCCAAUCGUUUAUGGAUUUGUCUUCACCAGUUCCAAGCAAUAAACCCUGCAGAUUCUAGAAGGGUAUCAUAACGGUCAAUAACUUACAUUAACAAAAAAUGUAAUGCACAAGUUACUCACAUAAUUUACUUGGGCACACCGGGUUUCCUAGAUUGACUGUGUAAUCACACUCUUGGUCCUUUUUUUCAGGGCAGUCUUGUAUCGUCCACAUCUACAUCAAGAAGAUCAUUGAGCAGUACUCAGACAGUGCUGGUCUCACAAGUCCUGGUAGGUAUUGAUUGAAGUUGCACAUGACAAUAAGAGAAAGAUCCGGACUUUGAUGAGUAUGUAUUCCAUGUCCAUAGCACAGUUUUAUAGGGUCAACACACUAUACAUCUGAUUAAAACAGCAUUACUCGACAAGGAUAUGAAUUAUUUGUUACAGUUCCUUUAACCCAUUCGCUCCUGGAGAUUUUGCCCAAAAACGCGUUUUGAAGCUAGUCGAGUGGUUUUCUGGUCACUGUCGUGCUAUAAAGAGCUAAAACUUACCACAAACCGGUUUACAGGUUGUACACUUGGCGGCCUUCUGAUCCAGAUGCAAAAUAUCAGCUUGCGAAGUUCGGGCAUGCGCAGAAAGCAAAAUUUCGAGUUUUUGGGUUUAAAAGUGACACAGCAGUCUUGACUUUUACUUUUCGCUUUCUCUCCUCCCUUCUUUUUUCGCUUUUCUUGCCUCAUUUUUUUUUUCUCUUGCUGGGCAUUUAGUAGGCUUCAUUUUGGUGGGAAGAGUUUUUAGGAAAGCUUUUAGGAUCUUAGGAUUAGGUGAAAAGAAAGGUAGGUGGGUAAUGGAACAAGAUUUUCAUGGAGAUUUUCAGGUCCUUGUCACGUGGUUUUUUGCUUCUUUCUCCGGAGUCCUUGACUGAAUUGUGCUCAUUCUGGUAUGGUUUGAAAGGUCUCUUCACUCUGCACAAGUUAGCGAAGAAAGUUGUCCUUGACCGUUAAAACUGAUGACGUCACAAAGGGUAGAAAGGACCUGGAUCCGCACGGGCGGUUACGGGCGGUUCAGGGGCGAAUGGGUUAAUAGUGUUAUGAUGACCCCACAUGCUCAAACAGAUGUCCUGUUAAUAUUAGAGCAAGACCAUUUCAAAAUGUAUGUUGCAAUAACGUUUGAAAUUGAACCUGCUGAAAAUUCAUUUUGCUUGCCCUUAAAUUUAGUCCAUGCAUUAACACAACUGUAGACGUGCCCUUGAUGACAUCACGAAAAGUGAAUCACUUGCUAGCAAGAAGUGCAUGUGGCUUACCUUAUUGCAUUAUUUAAGAAAAAACUGAUCUUCGUCAGUGUAAGAGGUAAAAUCCCUUUUUCUAUUUACAGGAUUAUGAACCCCUGAGGAGAGGGAGGAGUACCUCCGCAACAUUCCCAGUGCCUACAAUUUUAGAUUGCAAGCGCCCCUCAAGAACAUCACAACCCAGGAGGAGGCUGAGGAGAUGUAUGCAGAUGAAUUUCGUUUAUUUGUGGAUAACUAUGAGCCCUUGAAAAAGGCACGAGGUACGUUAAGAAUGGCCACCCUCCAUCAAUAAAUUUGUGAUUAAUCUCGAAAUCUCAUGUACAAUCCUCAUCACCUUAAGUUGAGAUAGCCUGGCGCAGCACCCGUAUUGCAUCAAACAGCACUGCUCCUGCGAUCCAAAGUGUGCCGUUUUUGGCUUCUGUGAUGCCAAGUCGCAGAAAACAAUUCAGAGGGGGGCAGAGAAUAUCGCUACUGUCCCAAAUAAUGUGACCGGUUUGCUGUGUUUUGACCAUCAAACCUUUAAAAAUAACGAUGCAAAUCAGUUAAUUCAUUCAGGACAUGUUUCGCUCAAAUUUGAUGGCUUUGUAUGGAGAUGCUAUAUUUGUGUCCCUUUUAGGAACACCCAUAUGGCCGAAGGGAACCAACACAACAAUCCACUCUCAAGUUUUCAAACUUUUGCGUUAAUUUAUCGCUUGAGCGACUCAUAAAGUUUAAAUUCCAUAGAAACACAAUGAAUGACGGUAGGGCAAUAAGUAAAAAACUCAGUAAUGGUUUUAACCCACGUCAUAGGAGCUGUCACAGUGGCCAACAGCGAGCAAAUGAGGUUGUUGGGUGCUUCUUUACCUCAUCAUGAACGAAGAAACUUGGAAGAACCGAUAGUUUAUCAGUUUCAAUUUUGUUGGAGUCGAUCGUGUGAAAACGUCUUUUUACAAUAUUAUUAAUCAUUGCUUGUCAGAGUUAAAAGGACACAGUCCCUUCAUCAGCAGUGUCAUCAUCGAUGUACUGAUCUCCACUAAAUUUGUUUUGCAGAAGACAACAAGGCGCAAAGUACAAUAACAAAGCUCACGCAACACGCCACCAGAGAUUUCUGUCGGAAAAAAAUGACGAGCCCCACGACGCCAGAAAGCAAGAGCCACCUGCUCCACCUAAGGAGGUAAAUGUUAGCAAGUUGAAAGGGCAAGUCAUACACAGCUGGACUUUUCUUACCUUUACUCCGCCUUAUGAUAAUAAUAAUAAAUGUGCUUCUACCCCUAAAAAUGGAAAGGACUUUUACGGCUAUGCGUUCAAAACUCUACUAAGUACUAGUUAG